AUGAUGAUACUAACCCGUCUUUUAUGUAAACUCUCAGAAGCCAUCGACGAAGUAACAAAUGCUUAUGAAACACCUUCGACGCCGUGGUUUUGUACGGAUCCAAAUUAUACACCUCAAUCGGAUAUAACAAAAACAUUGCCAUCGUGUCGUCCUGGUUAC